AUGAGAAACCAUCCUGCGCACCGCCUAGACGACACCAGUCCCAGAAUCUCCUACAGCAUUUCGAUUCGCACCAGCCCUCUGCCCACAAUGGCUGCCGCCAUCCCCGCCAAGCUGCCCAUCCCGUCGGCCAAGCAGCUCAGCAGCCGCACCUUUCAUGUGCCCGGCAAGCUGACACAGACCGAGCUAUGGUUCGAGGUGCCGCUCGACUAUGCCAACCCGGCCGCCGGUACAAUCAAGCUCUUUGCUCGCCUCGCCACCAGACGCGAGUCGCCGCUUGCCGCUCCCGACGGGCCACCUGCACCUAAGCCUUACAUUGUCUACCUUCAGGGCGGCCCGGGCUUUGGCUGCUCGCCCCCCAGUGCUGCACCCAUGACGGAGCACCUUUUGAACCGAGGAUACCAGGUGCUCUAUCUCGACCACCGCGGCGUCGGCCUGAGCACGCCCGUCUCGCUCGCCAUGCUGCAAAAGGUGUCUACCGACGCCGACGGCCAGGCCGACUACCUCCGCCUGAUGCGCCAGGACAACACGGUCCGCGAUCUCGAGGCUGUCCGCCAGUGCUUGCACGAGGGUCUGACCGGCGAAAAGGCCAAAUGGUCCAUCAUUGGUCAGUCAUACGGCGGUUUCGUCAGCCUGUCGUAUCUGUCCAUGCAUCCCGAGGGCCUGCGAGAGGCCUAUCUCACUGGUGGCCUGGCCCCCAUUGGGCGCCCUGUCGAUGAGGUUUAUAAAACCACAUUUGCGCAUGCAGCUUCGCGUAACAAGGCCUACUACCGAAAAUUCCCUGAGGACGUGGAGCGCGUCAAGAAGAUUGCCGCCUACAUCGAGAGCAAGGGCGGUGUCACGCUGCCUGGUGGGGGUACCUUGACUGUGUCUCGCCUCAUGACCAUUGGCAUCUCCUUUGGUACACAUGAUGGCUUUGACACCGUCCAUAACGCAAUUCUCGAGCUGGAUGCUUCUCUGGAGAGCUUUGGCUUCUUCUCGCGCUCCUCGCUUACCACCAUUGAGAACUGGAGCGCAUUUGACAACAACAUCAUUUACGCCAUCCUUCACGAGGCCAUCUACUGCGACGGCCCCGGUUCCGUGUCCAACUGGUCUGCCCAGCGUGUUGGCGAGUCCUUUGAGAGCUUCUCCUGGCUUCGUCCCGGUGCCAAGGUCUCCCAGAGCACCGAGCCCCUCUUCUUCUCUGGCGAGAUGAUCUUCCGCGACCACUUCGAGACCUACCCCGAGCUGUCUGCGCUGCGCGAAACUGCCAAGAAGCUGGCGACUGCUAGCGACUGGCCAGCUCUGUACGACCAGGAGCAGCUGCGCAAGAACGAAGUGCCUUUAUACGCUGUUUCUUAUGUCGACGACAUGUUUGUCGACUUUGGCUACGCCACGGCCACGGCCCACCUCGUCAAGGGCUCCAAGUUCUUUGCCACCAACGCUCUGUACCAUAAUGGCAUUCGUGCGGGUGCCGAGGAGGUAUUCAAGCAGCUAUUCAACCUGCGGGACGACACGAUUGAUUAA